AGGUGUGAUCCAUUUAAAUAGUAAGUUAUUAGCUAGCCAUUAAUCCAUUAUAGGUAAAAUGACAAUUAGCAUAAAAGAUUAUGUGGCAUAGUAAGCUAGUUUGACAAUUAGCUUGUCAUUAAUGGUCUUGUUUUAAGAAUAUUGAUGUUAAAGGUCGGAUUUUUUCUAGAUUAUUCAAAAGGAUGAUUAUUUUGAGCCGACCCGUAAAAAAUAGGAUUACUAGUUUUAUUAUUAUUUUUUUUCUUUUUUAACUAAGAGGGAGACACUAUGAAGUGGGAGUAGUGUAGUAAAAUUUGAAAUUAACACUUUAUGAUUUGGCAUGACACUUUAAUACAGAGUACGAAAUAGCGCUUGGAACUUAGACAUUGUUGAAGGAAUUCGCGGCAAUUUUUCUCCCAAUUUGAAGAAAUUCAUCGGAAGAAAUGGUUUGGGGGUUCUUUCCUGUUAACCCACUUUCAGGGGAGGAGAAGUACUAUAUAUACACAAAGGGAACAUACAAAGUGGGCAGAAAAGGUUGUGAUGUGAAUAUAGCAAAUGAUAAAGGUGUUUCACGUAUACAUGCUGAGAUCAUUGUAGAUAUAAUGGAAUCUUUGAAACCUUUUGACAAAAGAUCAUCUAGUGUCUCCUCCAAAGUUAGGAUAAGAGAUUGCUCGAAGUAUGGAACAUUUAUUGUGAAAGAUUCUGGCAGAAAAGAAAAAGUUCAUGAUUCUCCAGGCAAAGAAAUAUAUUUGAAAGAUGGGGAUUUGGUCAAAUUUGGCUCAGGAGAUCUAACAUACAGAUUUUCUUAUGUCCCACUAAAUUUCUACCUUUGCAAUUUCACAAGCUCCCAAAGAACUCCUUUUACACAAGAUAAAAUAUCAUCUAUAGGUGCUUGUGUUUCACGUGAGUGGACUAAGGAAUGCACACAUGUACUUGUGGAUCCAUUCAUGCCUGUUACCGAGGAAGUAAUUGAUAUCGUUCUGGCUAAGAAACCUGUUAUACUAAGUACUUGGCUGGAGAUCAUUGCAGGAACUAGGAUACACAAUGAAAUUCCAAGUUACAGUCAAUACAUUCCAACAUUGACUUUGGAUGGUGAAUCAGUAUCGAUAGCAGAUACUAGGACUCGUGAAAAUUGCUUAAAAGGAUACACUUUUGUGUUGGGUUCUGCAAAUAAGUAUAGAUUUAAAGAUAGGGUGCAAUCAUUGUUGGAGUUUGCUGGUGCAAAAGUUCUUUCAAUAACUGAUUUUGAUAAUAAUAUCCAGGACCAAGUGGAAACCGAUAAGUGUUUGGCACUUGUAAUCCCUGCUGAUUCAGCUGAAAAAUUCUGCCUUGAUAGCUCACUGUCUAAAGUAAAUGAGAUCAAACUGAUUUCUGCAGUAUUAUCAGGGUAUCUUGAUCCGUCAAUCAUCAUGUCCUCAUCCAUAUUAGUCUCUUCUUCGUGUUCAACUGAUGAGACAGUGGUUGCAGACUCCGAUGCAGAAGCAGAAACAUCCAAUCAUCCAAGUGUUAUAUGUGAAGAAUUGGGGAUGCAGAAUAAUACAAAAAAAUUCAGUGGAACAGAGACUACUGACUGCAUGAAUAUUGACAAGAAAUCUGCAAAUAAAGAUGCUUUAUCACCAGAAGUUGGUAAAGCUCUGAGUUUUUUAGAGCCAAAGAGGGAAGUAGCGAAUGCCCGGAACGAUGAUUUGGAAAGUUGGAACCUAGAUAUUCUUUAUAGCCAAAAGUUAAUUGUUAGAAAUACUAAUACAAAUGUCUCAGUGAGUUCUGUAUCAGACGGUGAAGUUAUUAAUUUCAAGUGUUUUAGAAAGACUAACCUUCAAUCUGGGAAUAGCUAUAGCAACCUUGUUCCAUAUUCAAAAUAUCCAUAUACUGAUUCUGACUAUGAUAAGGAAGUAGUUGAAUAUGUGAAGGAUGAGAAAAAGAGGAAACAGAUGGAAGCCAUGGCUGAGGACUUGUUCAAAAAUGAACGGGGACGGCGUCGUAGAGUUGCUGGUUCUAUUCAAGAAAUGCUGAAUCGUAACUGACGCAGGAACACUUGAAGGAGUGUACUUGAGGAACAGACUUGAAGAACACUGAAGAAUCUUCUGGUGGAUCCUUAAGAUUUUGCCAUCAUCUCACAUAUAUGUUGAAGAGUGAUAUGCUAGUAAAAUGUAAACACUUCCAUCAUUCAAUGCUCCAUGUUUGUCGAUGCAAGUUAUUCCACAUGAUUUUUUUAGAAAUGACGAUAUCAUGUAAGGUAUUGCUUAGAAAUUCUAGGAUUGUGUAUGUGAAAUUAAAGUGUUAGUGAAGUUUUCUACUCAAUAUAUGGCUAUAAUAUGAUAUGUGAACUACUAAUAUCAUCUAGAUAUGCUCGUUAUGAUGAUCGCUUAUGUUGGAAAUCUGUAAAAUGUGUUCUCUUAAUUUACUUAACCCUGAGUUAAUACUUUCUCUGCUUGUCAACUUUGAUACUCAUUAUCAGAAGUUGCUGAGCUCCUAGUGAUUAAAUUUCUGUUGUGUGUAGUUGUUACAUGAUAGUAUAAGUUCAUCCUUAUCUGAAUUUACCUCAUUUUUGAUAAAAAAUUUAGAAUUGGAGCUUCAAAGCUGUGUGAAAGAAGGGCUUUUCAGAUGUUAAAUAAUGUAGGAAAUUGAGCGAUGGUGUGGGUGAUAAAAUUUGAUAACCACUUAUGAUUAUAGAGGUGUCAAAACCAACCCAAUCCAACCCCAUGUAAAACCGAUCCGAAAAAUAUCUGGCUCAGAUUUCAACUCGUGUUGACGCAAUAAUUAACAUGACUCAACUCUUUAAAA